AUGCAGGAGGACCGCGGCCGCUCACAGCGCCCAGGCCAGGCCGCCGGGCUGCUCUGCGGGAUUCUGUUUGUGGGCUCUGCGCUGCUGGUCCUCUGCUCGUCCAACCGCAGUCUGGACGGGAACCAGCAGCGUGUCGGCAGGAGUCUGGCUGGUCCAAAGACAGCGGGGAGACCAGUCACUGAUGUCAUCAACAUCCCGUUAUCCCGUGUUUCCUCCAAAGCAGGUCCCAGCCGCGGCAGCCCUCCGCAGGAGAAGCCCGUCGCCUUCCUCAGUGGCCCAAAGAACGGACUCGUUAGCUUUGGGGAGACCGCUGUGGUGCAGUGGGCCGGGGAGCCGACGCUGCGCGGGGGGUUCAAGUACGACGAGCAAGACCGCCUGGUGGUGCCCAAAGAGGGCCGCUACUGGGUCUACUUCCAGCUGAACUACGCCAGCGGCAAGCAGGGCGACCAGUCCUGCAGGCCCAGUGAGCUGGUGCUCACCCAGGGGGUCGUCUGGUUGCGGGAGAGCUACGACAAGAACAAGUCCCUGUUACUGGCCCAGGACACCGUGACAGACCCCCAGCACACCUUCAGCAAGACCCUGCAGGCCUCGGCCGCCUUCGACCUGGAAGCCGGAGACCGGCUGUUCGUAGUGACCAAUUCCCCAGGACUGCUCUCCAACAAGGGGUACCUUGGGGCCGACCUGCAGCAGUAGACCUGGAGACCUGGAGACCUGGCCCUGGAGACCUGGCCCUGAGACCUGGAGCUGGAGACCUGGAGACCUGGCCCU